CGCCUCUUGGACCACCACCCCUUGCCUCUUUCUUUGUCAUCAUGAACUCGCUCCCACUCCAUCAUACAUGACCCAUCCUAUCGAUUCCUGACUUCUUCACUGUCCAACCGCAAUUCAACAUUGCCUGGCAUGCUGGAAUUAGCCGUCGAGUCAUCCAAUGGUCACAAUAGUGCACGGUGCUUCUCGACCUCGGGCAAAUUCGGUGUCACUCCAGUAGUCAUUGCUGGACAGAUCAUCACCCGUUCUCCUCCCCUCGCUGCUCCCCUACCUGUCCGACGAGUCUUCGCCAGGGUCAGAUGUAUAGAAUCCAGUCCCGAGGAACACGUCCUUUGGGAGAAGACAAAGGUAGUCUUUUCAGGAGAUGACGAAAUUCUGGGAGACUGGUCACAUCCAUUCACCCUCACUAUCCCACCCUCGGCAGCUACUGCCGCAAAGAGUACACAGAAUCAAAAGGAUUACAAGGUGGUCUGGAGGUUUGACGUCGGCGUCGACCACGAACCCAUUCCAUAUGUCGGCAAUCGCAUAGCCAAAUCUUUUUAUCUCGAGCUCUUUGAUCAUCGCGUGCCCCCUCUUGCUCCACCCUCACCACCCGACGACGCGACAAUCGGCGAUAUCACCCUCUCCCUCAGCCCCCCGCACGGAUCUUACGGACCUGGCGACACAAUCCCAUGCUCAUAUCAUGCAGAAUCAAGCACCAGUGCCAUACGCAAAGUGACAGUCGUCCUUGAACGCACAGUCGUCUUAGCGGGACGCGAACCCUUCACCUCUACCCUCGCUUCCACCUCUCUUUCUAAUCCACCUUCCAGACGCUCACUCAAACUCGUCUUACCCCGCAGAGGCGGGAGGUGGGACGUGGGAGAAUCACUCCAAACACCCACCGCUUCAGUCUCUUUCCAUCUCCGACUGCGCGCUGUUGCCAAAGGUCACAAGCCGGUCCAGUCUAGGCCAGCACCAGUCAUCAUCACCUCAGUCCCCAUAGCAGAUCGCCUUGAACCUCCACCGCCCUCGCCACGUAUCCGUCGCAGUGCUCGACGCGGUCUCUACAUGCAAGAGGGGACCAUCGACAUUGCCGACCCUGCUGUCGGCCUCGUCUCUGCACCUACCAUCAUUCUACCAUCACGCGCUCCUCUCAAACCCAUUCUCCUCACCGCAGAUCAGUCCGACCUCACUCUUUUGUCGAAGAUACGUCUGACACUACCAGAGGACGAGUCGAUCUCCAUCCUGAGGAAAUAUCAGCAGAGCGGCCGAAGAAUAUCGACGACGGCCUCGGAGGAAGAGGAUAUGCAGCCGCUCAGGAGCAGGCAGAAGAUGAGAGACAGCAUCUCUCCAACACCAGGAGCUUCUCUGCCCCUGUCUCCCGAGUCCAAUUCCCCUUCGAGUCCGUCAUCACCUCGUUUAACGACCCCUGUACCAUUAUAAUGUUGUACAAUGAUGCAUGAUUACGUCCCACGCAGAAGGGCAUCCCGAGCUCUUGUC